AUGGCUUCCCAGAAGAAGGCUGGCCGCAGAUAAUCUCGUGUUUCCCGCCAAGUUCCGGCGGAGGCGUGCACAUUUUUAGGCGCCAAGUGAUACACGCUUGUUACUUUGUCCCCAUAUUAACAACGUGUACCAGUAAUUGUUGAUUUACAAUCCUCCCUCAAUACAGUUUGUUUCCUCAAAGAAAACAAGUCGAAUUUGCCGAAAAGGAGGGAGACGCGGGCUGUGUAUCCAUGUUCUCGCGAUGUGCCGUGAAUGUUUUUUCUAGAACACGUUCAGCCGUACGUGAAAUUUCUUAUUGCAGUGCUGAAUUUUGAACUUAUGGAUUAUUUUGAAUAACCGGCAAAAUGUUAAGUGUUGCUACAGCAUCGUCAGCCGUACAUUGUUCUGAAGCAGCAAAAUCCUCAUCGAAUCAUUCCGGUUUGGGGAACUCGUCGAGUUCUUGGAAUUCGGAUCACACAUCGUUGAAGCGUAAACAAAGUCCCAUUAGAGACUUGACCAGUGAUUAUGGCUUCAGUUCAGAAAUCACUCUGACGGUGGUGACGAACGAUGCGAACGGAUACAAACGUCAACGCAGAGACAGCGAAAAGAGUCUCAACUCCAGCGUCACGCUGAGAUACAAGGACCCCAAAACCAAGGCACCGACAGAGAAAAUGCUCGACAACAACGUGAGGCACUCGUUCGACGCCUCCAGCGAACUGUCCACUUGUCCAAAAGAGUCGAAUGAUUGCUACCAGAGGUUCAACAGACCCGAGAUCACAAUUUACCAGAAGAAGGAGAGCGAGAAGCAACCCCCACAAGCGGUCGCCUCGACGUCCUCCAAGGCGGCGGCAGUUACUCAUCAAGGGGCCGAAUGUUCUCGAACCGUCUUCAAGGUUUCAAGGGAAGUCGACAUCAUUUCCCCGAAGUCGAGCCAGAAGGUGAUCGAGGCUGCCAUAAAACAAGUACCUGACCACAAUGACAACACCUCCCCGAAGAGUUCAAGCAAAUUUGACGCAAACAACAAUCCAAAGACGCCAAUAACCCGGAGGCUGAACAAUGCCCUGGCCCUCCUGCAGAGCCUGGAUAAGCCGUCGACUUCCACCCCCGCGAAGGCCGCGGUCAGUGACAAGCUGCCGAUUCUGCGGUCCACUUCCAGGGAGAAGAUCGACAACAACAAUCAGUGGAGCGAGGAGAUUUUCACCACUGACAACUGCAUGCAGAGCAUCUCGUCCUCCAUCCCCUUCUCGGACAUUGAGAAUGACUUCGACAAUUCCUAUUACACAAUGGGUUUCCCCAAUCCUCCGGGAGAAAAUAGAUGCUGGGUCAAUGCCACCGUACACGCACUUUUCGCUCUGCCUUUCACCGACAGUCUCGACCGCAUGAAUCUCUCGGAAUGCACGUCAUUGAUGAAAACUCUUAUUCUCAUGCAAGCCCUUUGGAGAAAGGGGGAGAGCGAGAAGCACAAUAUAUACAGUAUGCUGAGGAAAUUCAAAGAAGAGUUAAUAGUUUUAGACGACUCUUACCCAUCUGAAAGGCAGCAGGAUGUGUCUGAGUUUCUAAUGAAAUUACUGAACCAUUUUAAAACGUUUUUCGAGAAGAGAGAAUCGAGUGAGGCAAAAAUACAAGAGAUCGAAAAUAUGCCGGAAAACCCACAGGACCAGAGAAAAUCAAAGACAACUCCUGACUCAAGUAAACGCCGACCCCUAGUGGAACUGAGAGAGAACAGCAAUCUUUUCGAACCUGGUGCGAGUCAGAAGUCAAACAAAGUUGAAAGGCUACCGAACGGCGUUGAGGAUUCAAAGGAGAAUUUGGACGAGUCGAUAAAGAAUCCUGUGGACGACUACUUCCUACUUCCAAUCGUGGACCAGUAUUCUUGCAAGGGAUGCAGUGAGAAGAAACAAAAGCGCGUUGACAAUUUGGUUGUUUUCAUUCAAGUACCACCAGAGAGUAAGGACGUGCCCGUCAACGUGGAGGAUGCGAUUGCUCGGAAUUUCACAACCGAAGAGAGGAGGGUAACUUGCGAUCAUUGCAAGCACAAAUUCCAGGAUGUGCGAACGGCUUUCAGCAACUAUCCUAAAGUCCUCACAGUUCACGUUCAUCGAUACGGAAUUGGCGAACACGGCACCAGGAAAAUUAGCAACGCACUUAGUAUUCCAGAACAACUUGUACUUAAACCCUCUCUUAUGAUCGAAGGCUUCGACGCCGAUGAAAUAUAUAAGCCCGUCUGUAUAAUUUCACAUGUCGGUGAAAAUGUGGACUGCGGACAUUACACAAGUUACGUCGAACACGAGGGACAGUGGUACUACUACAACGACAUGUCCGUCUCUCCCAUGACGAGCAGUCAAGUCUUUGCAGCAGCUGAAACAACUGCCUAUCUGAUAUUCUUCGUCAAUGUUAAUCUGCUGGAGAAACAGCACACUGAAGUCUUCAAAAUUAAUUUCAAUUAACGUUACUAUCAUUAAUUUACAGAGUUAAUAUUCAAGUAUUAAAUCAAACAAUGCAGGUAUUUUGUUUAUUUCUUGUUUUUUUCUUUUCAUUCUUUUUUCCAAGUUUCAUCUUUUCAUUCUAGAUAAGAUUACCUGCAAAAAUCUUCUAUUUGCAUUGAUAUCUUUUUCCCCUUGAGCAAAAAGAAGUUAAUGCAAAGUCUGUAUUUCCGUAUUAGAUUACACUGCCAAAAACACACACACAAAAAAUCAUAUACUUGUUUUUUAGAAACAAUAAUUAAUUUUUCUUUCUGUGAAAUAAUUUGUCAAUAGGACAUCUGAAUAAAGUGUUGAGAGUAAACAGUUUUUCAGUUGGUAAUGCUAUUUAAUUUUCAUAAUACGACAUUUUUUUUAUAAUUCAUGUCCAUACUCUACGAAAGAAAAAAAAUAUCUGCGAAGGAUAUUAGAAGGAAGAAAAAUUAUUAGGUUUACAUAUAAAUUUAUGUAUUCAAAUUAUGAUCGAUAUAUCAAAACAUUUCUUCUUUCUAAUAUCGAAAUAAUCUUGAAAAAUGAAUUCACCUAAUUUAUGCUAUUGCUUUGCUGAGAAUUUGAUUAAAGGAUGAAAUUUAAGAAUUGAAAUUUACAACCGAGCACAAAAAAACAAACGAUCAAUGGUGAGAAGACCCAGACAUUUCCCGUACUUAGAGGAUGAUUCUGUACAUUCUCGAUGAAACUUUACAAGUAAGGCAAGAUUGAAUAAUUCCUUCUAUAUUAAAUUUAUU